GCUUUGUGGAGAAUCGCUCCAGUGGUGUUCAGGUGAUUCAGUACUCUUACACGAUACUCUUUUUCCUGGAGCUGAUUCUUCGAAUUGCUGCGUAUGGCCGGAGCUUCUUUUGCGGCAGCGACUGGGCCUGGGGGUGGCUCGACUUUCUCAUCGUCUUCAGCUCAAUGUGGGAGAUCGGGAUCGACCUUGUUCUCAUCACCCAGGAGGACGACCAGCUCCAGGGCAUUGGCAACUCUUCUGCACUGCGGGCCGUGCGAAUCAUUCGCAUCACCCGGAUGCUGAAGACGCUCCGGCUCCUACGCAUCUUCCGCUUUGUUGUGGCCCUGAGGACUUUGGUGACGUCCAUCCUUUCCACCUUGAAGAACUUGUUCUGGGCUUUGAUGCUGCUGGGCAUCAUCAUUUAUGCCUUCGCCAUUCUCUUCUGCCAGGCCGUCCGGACCCACCUGACCGAUCCGGCGAUGCCUCCGCUUCCGGAGGAGGUGCGUGACCAGGCAGAACGAUUCUUCGGUACACUGCUGGACACCAUGCUCAGCCUCUUCAUGAGCAUCACCAAUGGGGUGAGCUGGAACUUGAUCCUCAUACCCCUGAAGGAAGUGCACGUCGUCUGGGUGGUGUUCUUCCUCUUCUUCAUAGCUUUCACCUACCUGGCCGUAUUGAAUGUGGUUACGGGCGUUUUCUGUCAGAGUGCCAUCGAGAGCGCGCAGACGGAUCAUGCCCUGGCAGUGCAGAACAUCCUGGCCAACAAGGAGGCGCACUUGAGUAAAAUCCGGGAGCUUUUUAUCUCCCUCGCCGGAGAAGAGGAUGGCGUCAUCACGUAUGCCAUGUUCGAGCAACAGGUCCACUCCCCAGAAGUGCGAGAGUACUUCGAAACCCUGGGACUGGACGUCUGGGAUGCAUGGAGUUUCUUCAAGAUGCUAGACCUCGACGAAGGUGGCUGCGUAGAGAUAGACGAGUUUUUCAUGGGUUGUUUGCGCCUACGUGGAGCCGCUCGGGCCAUGGACGUGUGCAAAAUCAUCCAUGAUCAGACUUGGCUGCUGAAGACACAGAGUCUCUUUCAUAGCCAUAUGGAG